AUGCCCUCCAUACCUGCAGCUUUGGCACUCCGAUUCGUUUCUCGGAAAGAAACUAAUUCAAUUUCUUCAUUGGAUGACGAAGAGGAACGCCGAUUCAAGAACAAUCUGGACGACAAUACACGAUAUAAUCAUCACGACAACAACAACACGUCUUCAUCUCCCGAAAAUGAUUCAUCAUCAGCAUCCUCAGCUACUUCAUCCUAUUGCCCGUUACUUACAUCACCCUCCUGCGUUCAUUACGGAUAUCUGUUCAAACGAGGUUUGAAAAACAAGAAAUGGCAAAAGCGAUUCUUUUUACUCUAUGCCGAUGGUUUUAUGUUGUACUACAAAUCUCAGCAAGAUAUUAUUCUGAAUAGUGAACAUCCGAGAGGAGUCAUAUAUUUGAAACCACAAAAGCAAGUAUUCAUUUCAAAACAAUCGAGUGAUGUUCCGAACUCGAAAACAUCCAACAACACUCUGGAUGAGGAAAAUUCGAAUAGUAAUAAUAGCAACAAUCAUUCAUCAUCAUCACUUCAUGGGUUUGUACUCACUGUAUGUAGCAGAAGGUACUCCCUAGCAUGUGAAUACGAACAAGAUAAAAACGAAUGGAUUGAAAAGAUUACAAUGGUAGCUUAUAAUGCGGACAACGCAUCCUCAGUUAUCGCAAAUCAAUACAGUAAUGUCACAAGCACAUCACCUCCCACAACUUUACCUUCUGCCAACAUGAAUUCUAACCACACAACAACUAACGCAUUGUCUUCUUCUUCUAAUACACACAUAGCUCAAUCAAGACGAAGGCUUUAUGGAGAUGCUGAACGAGUGAGUGAAAGCGUCGAUCAAUUGGAACGAGAAGGAAUAUUUAAGGUUUUGCAAGGAAUUGAACGUCUUGAGAAUUUAAUGAAAUUAUUGAACAAUGAACGCAAUAAUGAGGAACUUGACAGCGUAUUUUCAUCCAGGACUCUAACAGAUCAUUCACAGUUACCUUAUUAUUGUAACAAUUUUUCACACCAGAGCCAACAACACACCACGAAUCCAUAUUCAAAUUAUGAAGAUCAAAAUGCAACAGUGAUAGACAUAAAUAGUCAUCCAACAGAGAGAUUACAAGUUUUAAAUGAAUAUCUUUUAAAUCAAUCAAGUCAACGCUUGAAAGAGGUAUACAGGUUUAUGCAGUCAAAUAAGAGCAACAAUACUCAUUCAGAAACGACAACAAAGAAUGGCCGUUGUGAAGAGCAACCACACAACAAGACUCUUGAGGAAGAAAAUGAAAAACUUAAGGCCAAAAUUCGACAGCUCACCCUCGACAAUCAACAACUUCAGGAUAAAAACGAUGAAUUUACCAAGCAUAAGCAACUACUAGUGAAGGAAGUUAAGAAAUUGCGAGGAAUUAUCAAAGAGUGUGGUAGUAGUAACACUACAGAUUCCAACCAUCAUCCAACGAUUGACGUCACUAAAAAUCAUGGCCGUACAUUUGCACGGUCUGAUAACGAGACAGAUCGUAACAACAGUACGAGCAGUAACAGCAGUACAGAUGAAGAUUAA